AUGCUUCAAAUCCAACGGAACAACCAGACAAUAAGUCAUAAUACUCAACAACAACAACAACAGUAUGUUCCUCUCAAAUGUGUGAAUGUCGAAGCAGCAGUUCGAUCGUUUGCUGCCAACGUAACCAUAACACAAGUGUUUCGAAACGAUGAAACGACACCGAUCGAAGCAGUUUAUUGUUUUCCAAUGGAAGAACAAGCAGCUGUGUAUGCUUUUCGAGCUGUCAUUGGCGACCGAGAGAUUAUUGCUGAAUUGAAAGAGAAGAAAGAAGCUCAACAAGAGUACAAUGAUGCACUUCAACAAGGCCAUGGUGCUUACAUGCUCGAACAAGAUGAAAACUCGCCGGACAAUUUCAUCAUCAACGUUGGUGCACUUCUGCCUGGCAAAGAAUGCAAAAUAAUCAUCUCCUAUGUCUCUGAGUUGGAUCUCAUUGAAAAUGGUACAAAAAUUCGGCUUGUUGUUCCAACAUCAAUUGCACCUCGCUACAAUCCAGGCAAGGGUGGUAUUAGUUCACCUGCUGGUACUACUACAAAUUAUGUACAGUCAAGUUCGUUUACGAUCGAAUUUCACUGUCGCAUAGAAAAAGCUGGCA